AUGAAUGGUCAAACAAUCGAGUUCAGGUUUUCGCAAGACCAGAGGCAGCAAAAAAUGUCAAAAUCCAUACCGGAUUUGAAAGAUUCUCUAGUAAAUGAUAAGGAAAAUAUAAAUAAUAAUGUUACUGUAAAAAUGGAGAAAACUAUUGGUCUUGUCAGCAGCAUUACAAUUAUUAUCGGUUCAAUCAUUGGUUCGGGUAUAUUUGUUAGUCCAACUGGUAUAUUAGAAAAUAUGCAGAGUUUCGGUGCUAGCUUAAUUAUUUGGAUUGGGUGUGGAAUUUUUUCUUUAUUAGGAGCCUAUUGCUAUGCUGAGCUAGGUACAAUGAUUCAACGCUCAGGUGGAGAUUAUGCUUAUGUGCUUGAAGCGUUUGGUUCAUUUAUGGGAUUUUUACGUCUGUGGAUUGAAGUGAUGGUAGCCAGACCAGCUACAAUGGCUGUCAUUGCUAUGACAUUUGCUAAAUACAUUUUACAGCCUAUAUUUCCUGAUUGUCCACAGUCUAAUGCAGUUGUACGAUGUUUAGCAGCUGUAUGUAUCAUGAUUCUGGGAUUUAUAAAUUCUGUCUCUGUACGUUGGUCUACACGUGUACAGGAUAUAUUUACAUAUACAAAAAUAAUAGCAUUAUUAAUGAUUAUUAUUACAGGAUUUAUACAAAUUGGUUUAGGUCAUGUUGAAGAAUUUCAAGCACCAUUCGAAGGAUCUAAUUGGAAUCCUGGAAGUAUUGCCAAAGCAUUCUAUUCUGGUUUAUUCUCAUAUGCUGGUUGGAAUUAUUUAAAUUGUAUGAUUGAAGAAAUGAAAAAUCCUAAACGUGAUUUACCUAUUGCUAUUGUUUUCUCAUGUCUUGUUGUAACUAUUGUCUAUACAUUAGCUAAUGUUGCUUAUAUCACUGUGGUAUCAUUGAAUGAAAUAUUAACAACACCGGCUGUUGCUGUAACAUUUGCUAAUCGAAUCUACGGUCCAGCAUGGUGGAUUAUGCCAAUAUUUGUUGCUUUCUCAACAUUUGGUGGUGUUAAUGGCAAUAUGUUGACUACAUCGAGGAUAUUCUUUGUAGCUAGUCGUGAAUCUCAUAUGCCCAGAUUCAUAUCAUUUCUUCAUAAGGAUAAAUUGACACCAAUACCAGCUGUCCUUUUUACUUGUAUCACUGGUAUAGCUUAUCUUCUUGUAACAGAUAUUUAUUCACUGAUGACUUAUUUGGGUUUUGUUCAAUGGUUAGCUAUUGGCGUAUGUGUAAUGAUUGUUAUUGUAUUCAGAUAUACACGACCUGAUGCCAUACGUCCAGUUAAAGCUCCUUUACCAUUUGCAAUUAUUUAUGUGACAAUAACAUUCUUAUUGGUUAUUUUUACAUUUAUUGGUGCACCAAUUGAAUCAUUAAUGGGAGUACUUAUUAUCUUCACUGGAAUUCCUGUUUAUCUUAUUGGUUGUGUAUGGAAGAAUAAACCGAAAGUAUUUCAACGUGCAUUAUAUGAUUUCACAUUGGGUUCACAAAAACUUUUACAAUUAAUACCUGAAACAUGA